AUGGUAGCGUUUCUUCUUUUAAGCGUCUGCCAGUCUCUCUUUUUAAAAAAAAACGUCUGCUCUUUUAUUCUUUAUUUUUGCACCUGCGCUGACAGUCAUAAAGUAAAUGCUAAGAUGUCUUUAUUGACAGCAGUUACUCUUCGGAACUUAAGAUCUCUGCAGGGAUGUAGUAUUUUCCAAAACUCUGCAGUAAAAUACAGUUUGAAGGCAGAAAAAACAAUUCCACGGAUAACAAUUCCUCAGAAAAUGUUGGAAAAACUUAACAAGAAAAUUGAGAGGAAAAAAGAAUUGCAGAAGCUAAAUCAGAAGACAAAAUUGCGUUUUAAAUCUCCAUUAGUGAUUUCUUGUCGUCGUCAAGAAUACAAUCACCACAAGGGUCAGACAUACAGUGAUUUUCGUCCUCAGUCGCUUGCUUCUUAUGGAUGGAAGAAUAGAAAAGCUGUAGGUGAUCACUUCACUUUGAUGGACUGGGAUAAAAAUUCGUCUUUCUUGUCAGAGUCAGCAAAUUUUCAUGACUUUCAAUUAGAUGAAAAUAUUAUCAAAGGUUUGUCGGAAAUUGGAAUCAAGCAGCCGACUGAAGUACAGGCAAAAGUAAUUCCUCAAGUUCUUGAAGGUGAGAAUAUAAUCUGUGCUGCUGAGACAGGCAGUGGCAAGACAUUGGCUUAUUUACUUCCAAUUCUUGAAUUGAUAAACAAACAUAAAAUAUCAUUUCCCCAUACGGGUAGUGUUCGCUCUCCUUGCUGCAUCAUCCUUGUACCAUCCCGUGAACUUGCAACUCAGAUCCACAUCCUUACAAAACACUUAUCUAAAUUUUGUUCGAUAAGGCCCCAACUUGUUAUUGGCAGUAGUGAAUAUGAGAGAAAAAUUGUUUUAGAUAAAAACAUGGAUAUCUUGAUUGCAACUCCAGGUUCACUACGAAUGUUGCUUUCUAAAAAGCAGAUAAAUAUGGAGAAGUUGAUUCAAAUUGUGCUGGACGAGGCAGACACUCUCCUGGAUGAUAGCUUCUGGGGGGAGAUUAAAUAUUUAUUAAAUCAGAUCAAGGGACACAUCAGUGAAUAUUCAGAUUUGAUGCUAAAUAAUGUUGGGAUACAAAUCCUUCUGGUUAGUGCUACAAUGCCUCGAAGCCUUGAUGAAAAAGUGGAAUCUGUUGUGCCUCUUGAUUCUUUUGCAACCAUAACAACGAAAAGUCUGCAUCACAUAAUGCCACAUAUAAAGCAAAAAUUUCUACGGAUUCAACCAUCACAGAAACCUGAAUAUGUUCUUCAGCUUGCUCGAAAGAACCUGAACAGGAAAGAUCCUGUCAUUUUAUUCUGCAAAGAUAAUUCUACUAGUAUUUGGUUAAAUACAUUCUUUAGUAAUAACAAUGUCCCCAAUCUACUUCUCAAUGGCAGUAUGUCACAUAAGGUUCGAGCCAUCCAGUUUAAACUAUUCAAAGAAGAUGGUGGAAUAUUAGUGUGUACUGAUAUUGCUUCUCGAGGCCUGGAUACAAUAAAUGCUCUCAUGGUUAUUAACUAUGACUUUCCAAAUUUUGUGUCUGAUUACAUUCAUCGUGUUGGACGAGUGGGACGCGUUGGAUCUUCCCAGAAUUCACAUGUCUUGUCCCUUGUGGCACAUAAGUGGGAAGUUGAUAUUGUCUGGCGAAUAGAGACUGCUGCUCGGAAAAUGACUUCAAUUUUUAAUUUUUUUUUCUGGAUUCACUUGGCAGGAUUUUCCUACUCGACUCUUCGGGAUGUUGACCCACUCAUCGAACGACAAAAAAAAGUCAUUGGUGAGAAAUCCUCUUGGUGGAAACGAAUCAAUUUGGGAGAAGACAAGUACCGAUAUAGUAUGGCAGUAUUGUGUAUUUCUGUAGGUUACCUUGUGUUAUUUAUAAGUGUCAUAUUCCCAAAGCGUGCAGUAAAGUCACUCGUCCUAAAGAAAGGAGGAAAAAUAGUUCAGCUCACCACUUUUGGUCGGCGGACGGUAGAAUAUUCCAAGGCUCAUAUCUAUCUAUCUAUCUAUCUAUCUAUCUAUCUAUCUAUCUAUCUAUCUAUCUAUCUAUCUCAGUCUCUUCAUAUCUAUCAGGAAUUUGUGCUUAGCGUAGUUGAUUGA